UACACAUUAAUUUAACAUAGAAAUGAACAAUAAUGUUUAAACAGAUGUUGCCAUGUUCAUCAUGUUCCAAUGAGGAUCGAACGGAAUUCACAUUUCUUUAUGUUGAACAGAAUAUGACAAUUGAUAAACAAUAUAAGUAUUUUUAUGAUUACCUUUACUCGUAUUACCUGAUAAUGAUAUCUCCGGAAUUACAAGGUCGAAUAUUUAGUCAUGAGGUUUUGGAAAAAAUAUAAACUAUAUGGACUUUCAUUAGCAUGCUGUAUCAUUGUGCUGGAAUUUUUUAUUAUAAAAUCAAAAAGUGGAAAUCAAAUGGUGAACAGUCAGGUAGGAUUCCACUUCAAUACAAGAGAGCUAUUGAAAAUAUCAGGACAACAGACUAACUGGAGACAACAGGCUCAGAUGGUUAAAACUAGAUCAAUAUUACCAAGAUAUCUUACAAUAGGGAUUCCCACCGUGCGGAGACAAAAGACCAGUUACUUUUUCGAAACCGUCGAUUCACUUCUCAACUGUACAACUAAAGCUAAGCUGUCAGACAUUGUUAUUGUAAUUUUCUUGGCAGACUUUAACAGCACGUGGAAGCAGGAAAUGUCAACGAAAAUACGAAAUAAAUACGAAUAUCUGUUAAAUAAUGGUGAUAUGCAUGUCAUAGAAGCACCAAGAGAUUUUUAUCCUAAAUUAAACAAUCUAGAACACACAUUUAACGAUAGUGAGGAGAGAACAAAAUGGCGGUCAAAACAAAAUGUUGAUUAUGCAUUUUUAUGGCUCUAUAGUUCAGACCUUUCGAAAUUUUAUAUGCAAAUAGAAGACGAUGUAUUCACAAUAUCCGGUUACUUAGAUGCCAUUAAGAAAUUUAUAGCAGAACAAAAAAACGAUUGGACAUGUUUAGAAUUUUCAACCAUGGGAUUUAUUGGAAAGGUAUUCCAUUCUAACGAAUUAGAAAAACUAGCAAAAACCGUUUUAAUGUUUUAUGAUAAACAACCAGUUGAUUUUUUAUAUAUUUAUUUUAACCAUUUAAAUCUGCAAGGAGGACGUAUAAUUCGUCGACCAACAAUUUUUCGUCACGUGGGAUAUCAUUCGUCUCUUCCUGGAAAAACUAUGAAUGCAGCUGACAAAUACUUUGAUAAUUUUGAAAAAUCACUAAAGGGCGACAACCCGACUGCUAAAUUGUUAACCACGCUAAAGGUGUCACCAGACUUCCCGUUAGAUUUAGCUUAUUCGACAGACUAUGGAUACUUCUGGUCUCAGUCAGCACCACGAGUAAAUGAUACAGUACAUAUACUAUUCGACGAGCCUCAAAGCAUUACAAAAGUGAUAGUCGAAACCGGAUCUAGAGAACACCCAAAUGAUAAACUAGAGCAUGCGCGAUUAGAAGCAUGUCUUAGUGUUAAAGUAUUAGGAGUAAAUACCAUUAAAUGUUAUAAUACUUUGAUGUUAGGUUCGUUCAAGAACGGCAGUAUAACGAUUGACAACAUGAAAAGUUUAACAAAUUUUAAAAUAACCUGUUUAAAAAUAGUGGUGACUAAAUAUCAAUCAUGGUGGCUGAUUAUUAAAGAGAUUGCUAUUUUCAUUAAACAUUAAACAUGUUACAGGUUGCACUUUUUAGAAUGAAAUAUAAUCAAUGUUAAGAAUCAUACGAAAUGAAGUAUUGUUAACAUAAGAACGCAGGGAGUCUUAUCAGGAAAGUCUCAUGAUUGAGUCGAAACGAUCCAGAUACGUAUAUUUGUACCGCUACUAGAAUAUACUCACAUUGAGCUAAGAUUCAUUAGCUGCAUGUACAUGAUGAGUAUUGUAUGUGCUUUUUCAUUUGUGUGAAAAGUUAAUGCUAUAUUUAGAGCUAUUAAUUUUUUAACCAUCGACAGAACAUGAAAAUAGAAUAAAAUGUAUUUUGAGUUA